AUUUUUUGUUAUCAUUUUUUUUCAUAGAAUGCUUUUAACUACAGAAUCAUCUCGUACUUCUAUCUAUAGAUUGUUUCUUUUGCUAUCUUUCUUUGUUAAUACAAAACGUAUAUAUACGUGCAUACAUACAUAUAUACGUGAAUAUGUAGGUACAGUAAAUACGUUAAAAGUUAUGAAGUAUACAAUUAUAAAUAUGAAGAGAAGAGAUCUGCAAAUGCAAAUGUUCUUUAACAUUUUUACGAUUAAGAUUAAUAUAAAAAUAAUUAUUAAGCUGCAGAUAAUGAUUAAUACAAAAUAAAAUUCAUGAAUCUCUCGAGACCUUUGAAAGUGAUUUUAUUUAACAUUUUUAUGUAAUUAUAAAAUGAUGACUCGCACCACAAUGCGGAAAUUAGACGAUAAAGCUGACGCUUUAGUCAUCCAAUCUCAAGCAUAUAUAAGGAUAACCGGAAAAGGAACUCAGAUAAAACCACAAUAUCGUUGGAUUUCUCACACGAAUACGAGGACCAAAUAUCGUUAAAUGAAUCCCCGUCGUGAUUUUUUUCUGGACCUAAAAUAAUAAACUUAAAUUAUUUGUAUACGUCGCGAAAAAAAUUAGCACAUUCAUGGAGUUUCAGUUUGGACGUUCGGAGGGUUUUCCCUCGCAAUAUGCUGCGCAUCACACUCCAGUAACAGUAGAUGUGACUGAGACCAUUCUAAUUAUCGUUUUCGUGAUUAUCUCGAUUACUUAUAUUAGCAUCAUACCAGGCUAUCGGAAGAGACAAAGUAUCUAUAUAGCUAUAAAGAUCGGCUUCAGCAUUGCUAUUGGGUGUUUGUUAAUAGUAGAAAACUUUGGUCAAGAAUGGGAAUAUGGCAGCACGAAGAGCAAGACACCUUAUCGAGCCGGCAUAGGGCAAGAGAUCGAUGCUCAAAUGGCAGUCAAGAUAGGAUUAAGAUCAGUUAACAUCACACUGAAAGCCAAACCGGAAGAAAAUACGCUGCUAGCAAAAGAAACGAUUGAUUACAAUGAGAGAUUUCCCUGGACAUGGGACCAAGGCAUAAUCGGUUUUGGACCUUAUGCUGGACUGCUGCAGAGGACUUUCCGUGAAGGCCAACGAAAAGGCUUGCCCAUUCCCAUCUUAUGGAUUGCUGAGUAUUUCGUCAUCGAUGGAGAAGGUAUUCGAUUUGGGAGAUUUUAUCGAACCGCCGGAUGGUAUUGUCAUAUCUUGUUGUGGACCGCUUUUGCCUGCUGGAUACUGACUAAUAUAUUCCUAGAGUCAGUGAGUCGGUACGCCGCUUAUUUAACCGGCUUGAUCGGUGGCUUACAAUUGUUAACUUGUUUCGUAUGGGUCAUCGUGCACAAUCCAAUUCCGCUUGUAAUUCCCUUCGAGGAUAAUGUCAUUAAGAUGACAUUAGGCCGGCAUUUCUGGAUGACUUUCGGAUGCGGUCUGCUUUGUAUUUUUUUGUCGAUUAUAAUGAUAUUUAUGGAUCUGCGUCAUCCUAAUAUGUUGUCCACGUUUUUACAAAUAGAUCCUCUCGGCCAGUACGACGAAUGUGUAAUGCGAAACUGUCAAGUAGACAUGUUGCGUAAAAAAAUUCGUAAAAACGAUUCGAUGGAAAUGACUUCUCCCCCGUCUUUGCAAAAUAAAAACAUGAGAAUGAUGGUAUUAAAAAGACGAUCAACCAUAAAAAACGCGCAAAAAUCACUCUUCCGCGCACCAAUUCCUAUGAAAAUGGAAAUCUAUGACGAUGUGACCAUUUACGAAAACCAGGAUAUCGCAGGGUCGUCUAAGGCCGCGCCUGAAAUGGAAAUAUGCAACGAAAAGAAGGAAAAGAAAGAAGAAAAUAUCAAGCCACCACCAAUUCCGAAAAAGAAGAAAAUGAAGAUCCGUUCUUAAACGCCAGCUGAUAGUCUACGACAAAUUUGAAAAUUCAAAUUUUAACAUGGAUUAUUCUGGAAAAAAAAUCAAUGUAAAUAUCGUGUAUCCAUGUAUUUCUUACUGUAUCAAUACAUAGCGAUAGACAGGUAGCUUGAAUUUUUUGACAAGCUUGAAAAAUUAUGUCAGUUGUGAAUAAAGUCUUCGUUUAGCUUUCCGA